AUGAUCGCCGAGCUCUUGGCCAUGCUGGCCGGCCAUCCUUCGAGCCUGUUUGCAUCUUCGUCCAUCGCACCCUCCGCCACCGCGCACGGCGCACCAGCGGGUCCGCUCAAGAUCAGGGACGAUCUCGACUUUUUGCAUCCGUCCGAGAUCGACAUCCUCAACCAUCUCGCCACAUACUCGACGCGCUACGUGCGCAUCAAGUUGUUUGCCGAUGCGCAGAUCGAAGCGGCCCGACAACGUGCCGUCCGCGCCGCCUUACGCGCCAACACCCUGUCGAGCCGCAGCUCCACCACCAGCGGCAAAGAUGCGCUGUCCGAGCUCGAGCAACAGCCAACGCUCCAUCUCGUUCCGCUAUGCUCGACGCUGCUCUCCAUCCUCUCCGACUACCACGCGCUCGUUCUCGAGACAGAGCGUCUCGUGCUCGACAACCACCUCGAUCUAGUCGCUCGCAACGGCUUUGUCUCUCUCGCCAACCUCCGAGCCCGUUUCGAGCCGUGGGACGCACCCCUUACUGCCCUCGACGAGCUCGUCACCCUCCUCGUGAGAGGUCCAUCCAGGGGUCGCGAUGCCGCAUUCGCUCUCGAGACUACCGAGCCGACACAGCCACAGCAGGUCGAGUCGGACGGAGCUGCCGCCUUCCCAGCUGCUUGGACCGGCGGUCUGCUCAUCGACCUGCUCAGCCUCAAGGCUUCCACGGGCGUCGAGCGUGUCGCAGCACACAUGGCGAGGCUGCGCAGCGCGGUCGAGGAUAGCUGGAUGCAGCAUCUUGUCGCAUGGGUCUGCCGGGGAGAGAUUCACCGCCCAGGAGGGAUCGCAGAUCCAAACGCUUCCAAGCGCACCUUGACCUCGCGAGAUCAGCUCGUCCACUGGAUCCACGCCACCGAGGCCGAUGCUCACACCGACCAUGCCGCGCUCGCGCCUGGCGAUGGCCUCGCCGACUGGGCCGCCACCGCCACAAACACCUGGGCUUUCCGCCAAGAUGCCCUCCCCUCCGCCAUCUCGGACUCUACCGCCGACUCGAUCCUGUACGUUGGCCGGGCACUCUACACGAUCCGCUCUGCAAGCACGUCGUCUAUGCAUUCCGGCGGCGCACGCUCCGGUCCAGGUCGUCCCUCGGGCCCACCAGACGCAGUUAUCGAGCUUCACGAAGCCAACUUGGCCCGCGUCAACGUGCGGCCCAGUCGGCCUUCGGAUCUGGACCGCGCCAUCCAGUCGCUGCGCAACGACGUAUCCGAGUGGAUCUUCCGCAACAUUCUCACCACCUCGCUCGUGCUCUCGUCGCUGCGCUGCCUCGGCGACUACUUUCUGCACCGCAACGGGCCCUACAUCCUCUCGCUGCUCGAGGAGAUCGAGACCAUGCGCAAGAACAAGCUCUACCGCGCGCGAUCCGCCGCUGCCAGCGUGAUCCGCUCGAGCGACCUCGAGCUUGCGCUGCGCAGGGCGACCGUGGGCACGUGGGCCGAGGACGAUCCGGCGCUCGAGCGGCUGCGAUUCGUGCUGCCCAGGGGUGGGUAUCGCCCGAGCCUGGCGGGUGCCCGCACGGCCAAGGUGCGUGGCACCGCAAGCUCGACCGCCUCGAGCGACAAUCCGACGGGAGCCGCGGCGGGGGCGGCUAGGUUCGACGACUACCUGAUCGGCGUGCCGGCACAGCUGCACUACACGGCAGUGUUCCCGCUCGAUCUGUUCCUGUCGCCUGCGGACCUGGCGGCGUAUUCACGCGUGUUCUCGUACCUGAUCGCCAUCAAAAAGAUCCACGCGCGCGUGCUCGAGUGCUGGGUGGCGCUCAGCAAGAACCAGCGUGGCCGGCGCAAGUUUACGGGUACGGGCGAGGGCGGUGUGGAUGCGCACGAGGAGAGGCAGCGCGCGCAUCUGUUGCGCUGCACGUGCGGCGUGGUGCGCAGCAUGAAGUGGUUCCUCGACACGCUCCUCGGCCACUUCCAGACGGAUAUUAUCGACACGCAGUAUGCGAGCAUGAUCGAGCAGCUCAGCGCCAGUGUAGCGCCCGCCGUGGCGGCAGAGGCGGGUGUGCCCAUGGCUGCGUCACGCUCAGCCACGCGAGUCAGGAAGGAUUCCGAGCAGCUCGUCGCGUCCUCGCCCGUCGCUUCGGCCGCGCCGAGCGAGGCCUGUGGCGAGGGCGGGAGACCCCGCGUCGGCAGUGGGUCGGCGAUGGGACUGUCGCGCCCGCCUACAGUCGUGGCUGGAUCGGUCAGUGGUGGUGCAGCUAGGCAUCGGCGAUUGGCGUUCCCGGUCUCGGGCCCUGCAUCGUCCGCAUACCCUACACCGGCGACAGGCCGUGCAGGACGACGCUUCGUAUCCUCGUCCACGCGGCCCGAGUCGGUAGCCGACGGCGCCGAGACGGUGCAUGCGGACAUGGAUGGGGGGAUCGAAGACGACGCGGGCGUGCUGGACUUUGGUCUGCUUCGCGCCUCGCACACUGCCUUUCUGGCGUAUGUGCAGGACGGCCUGCUGCUCUCGUCGCCCGUAGCAUCGAGUCUGGUGCGCUCUGUGCUCGAGAUCUGCAACCGCUUCGUGGGCGCCAUCGAGCGCUGGGGCGGCGACGUGCUGCCUCCUCUUCUGGGCGAAAGCACCGCCGCUGCUUCGGCCCAAAGCGCAGAUCCGACAGCGGUAGUGCGCGAGCGACAGAAGGUCGUCGACGCUGCAGGUGCCGAAUUGGCAGCGGAACUCGAACGAUUCUUUCGCCUGCUCUCGUCUUCGUCCAGCGGAGGCUACCAGGCGGGCGGCGCCAAUGUAUCGACGCUCGCAGGCACGCUCGACGAAACCGGAAUCGGAUCGCUCUCGAUCUCGGUGGCCCAACUCGCCAUGCCGCGCGACAAACUCGAUUGGACCUCGUCAUCGUCGUCAUCGGCCAAGAAGCAUCUCGAACAGCUCCUGCUCCGUUUGGAUUAUAGCGGUUUCUUUGCCGGCCAAGCCCACACCAAGCCUGCUCCCCAAAACCCGCUCGAGACCUCGCUCCGGGCAUAG